GAGCGCGCUCGCUUUUACUCCUAACGCCACGUAAGUCGAAACGAUCAUUCGGCAGACGAACGUCAAUUGCGCUUAUCAUACAGCGAGCGGGUAUCCUUGUUUAUGAGCAUGGGCGCCAACGGAAGCAAGGAGUAUCGGGAUCGUGGAUCAUCUGGCCACGAAGACAUUCCCCGAUCGACAAUGAUCUCAGAGGGAAAGUAUGGGGCGCAGCCCAAGAACAAAACGGCAAUCCAUAACGCCUCACACACGAAUCCGGCGAGAGCUUCCAGCGCGUCAACGAAAUUCGCUGUCGGACCGGGGAACGGGUGGCAAAACAUUCCGCCAAAUCAGCCUUUGUACCCUUCCCUCGCUCAGGCAGCUCCUGGACGUAAUGUCUAUCAGGCUCCCCAGCAAAAGUCCCAACUGCAGCCCCAGCAGCUAGCGCCGAAGAAACCGAAGCCAAACAAGCAGGCAGUCGAGGCCGUCGUUCAAUCCUUGAAGGAAGUAGUGGAAUCAAACGAUGGCUUCAAGUUCAAUCUUGAGAAUAUCGAUACGCUGUACGCCAUCGUGAGAGGCGAGAGGAUACCUUACGCUGCGCUUGGCUUCGCGAACUUGAGUUCGUUCAUCGAGUCGAAGUGCGAUUUCCUCUCGAUUGUAAGAUCGGAUGGGCACACCCAGAUAGUCCUGAGGCCUCCGACUUAUCAAGAUGCUGUGCAUGCCCCAAUGGGACAAAGUCAAUCGACUGCGGUUCCGAGGAAGGAGACGAACGUGACUGAUCUGGUCCACGAUGAGUUAACUGCGAUCGAUCUCGAACGUCUGAAGAUGAUCAGUGACUCGAAAGCCAAGAAUGGACUUUCGAUUCAGCAGUUCGAGGAAGAGUACCUCCUCGCGUUCUUUCGCAGGAUCGACUUCAAGGGAUUUUCCCGCACGGCGUUUUUCCGGGGCUUGAGUGACAUCGUGGAGAUGCGCGAGGAGGAAGAUGGAAUCAAACUUUACGCCAAGACUCAGAAAAUACGCUCCGCGGCCUCACCUCAACAGCAUAAGACCAUGCAGACAGGAAAUGCAGGCGGGAAAUCGAGCCUUCAGACGAACCCGAAGAAGAAGAAUGCUCAACCCGCCGGAGGACAGAAGCCGUCGCUCGAGAGCAACAGCAAAACACCUCAAAAGCAACAGCGAGGGAGAGGCGUCAAGCCGAACCAGUUGCAACACCAGGUGUGUCAGCAAAAAGGACUGGCGGGGGGCCAGGAAUUCGCUCGCCAACGGCAAACGAACCCCGAACUGAAACUUUCUCAAUCGUUCGAGAAUGAAAUCAGGAGGACUCUGCAAGAUUGCAAGAGACCCGGAGGGCUCACGCCGGAUGAAUUCAAGAGGUUCUUCGAAGGGAACUCCAAGCUCAAGUUCGAUACUCUCGGCUUUAGUGAUGAGGCUUUCUUCAAGGGGCUGCCUCAUCUCUUCCAAGUCAUUGAUUCUGAUUUCGGGAUUCGUAUAAUGCCGGCUCCCCUCAGAACUGGCCUGGCACGGAGUAAUUUCAAUAAUUUCAAGUCCACGUCUGCAUUGAGCGGUACGCAAUCCCGACCCGAAAUCAACAAUAUUUCAGCCUCGACGGGAAAUUUGACGAUCUCUCCUUCGUCGUGUAUGAUGCAUAUGGUGGGAGAGCACUGUCUGUGGAUCAUCUCCAUCAAUAACUACGAGUACGUUCCUACGGGAUGUGUCGCAAGAUUGGCGAAUCUACCGAAAGACACCGUUCUGAGCGAUCUUCGGAAACAUAAUAUGGAUAUCCGUUACAUCAGGAAGCUCGACGAUGAGAGCAUCAAAAAAGUUCUUGUCAACAACAGCGUAGCGCAAGCCGACGAGGAAGUGAUGACCAUCCCGCUGAAAUCAGUCCCCCUGAUUCUAAGAGUUUUCCUCGGGAAAAACGUCGAUGAGGUUUUCAUGGAGAACCUCUCGAAGGUCUCCGUGGAACACAUUCGCAACAAGAGGGCUGGACGGUACAAUCGCUAG